GUACAAGGAGACUCGUUUGGACCGCAACGAGCGACUCUCGCCGUCGAUGUACCUUGCUUCGCGUGUCCUGCAUCUGCCGUUUGUCUGGCUCAUGAUCAGUAAUUGUGUUCUGCAAAUUGACUCUAGAGAAAUGUUGCUGUGAUAACAAGCGGUGUUAGAGGGAAGGAAAAAACCGAAGGCAACUGUAUUAAUUGCCACAGUCGGUCAGUUGUGUACGAGGACCGCUAGAGAAAAAAGAGACUGUCACAGGCAGCGUAUGUCGACCAGCGACAUACAUCGGCGGUCUGAUGUUCUCGCCACAGAUCGAUGCUGUCGCAGUCAGUCAUAACAGCGGUUGACAACAUUAGCAGCGGCAAAGACUGUCUUCGGUGCUUUAUUAGAUGCGGUGCUGAUCGUGUACAGUUAUUCGACAGGUGUCGCACAAAAUUCGAGUAGCGCUGGUGCCAUCUACGAGAGAUUCUGGGGGAAUAUUUGCCUCUGGACCAAUUCGGUAGACGAACUAACGGAAGAGUAACACUCACAUCAGAGAGAUUUUCUCACCACUGAAGUGUAUGGCAUUAGAUGUGUGUCUUGCUGCUGCAAUGAUUUUGGUUUUAGUUCGAAGUAGACACGAGGGAUAAUGAAAAUCAAAUGAACUGUUUACGGGGCGUGUGUAUGUGUCCUGUGCGUGCGUGUGUAUGGCAAGCUCCUUGACGAAAACUUUCAACUCAAUGAACUGUUACUGGGUAGAAUAGUAGGACGCAUCGAUACGAGUGAAUAAACUUCCUGGAGAAUGGAACAACAUCCCGUUGUUAUUGGAAAUCAACACGGUGAUGAUACGUGAAGAUUCACUUCGGUCAUAUAUAUGAUAAUACCAGAGGGAAUAUCUAACGUGACAGUCUCUCAGAGAAACUUCAAUGCAACAUGCAACCAUCAAAAUAACCGCAAAGACAAUACUUCAAACGAUAAAAAUAUGCAGCAGUAAAAGCCACUAUAAAAGAAAAUUGAUUAAUAAUUUCCAAAAAUUCGACAAGGUAGGAGCUAUGCUACAUAGCAGAUCUGCUGUGUGAGUCACUCUGCCGAAUGGAAUCGGUUCGAUUUCGAUUAGGAAAAACAACAGCAUUUGUCAAUACGCGAAAAACAUUUUCGGCAUUAUCUCCAGCCGCUAGUACGGCCAAUGACUGUCAUAGUACGUUCCGCCAAAACUGGCAGCACUUUAGAUCGUGCGAAUUACCGCGACGACAAAAGAUUGCAGCUAAGCGCUAGUGAUGAACCGGCCGUAGACUGGAAAUCUGGUGAGAGGGGUGAGAGGUUUUUGUUGCUGUUGUUAUUGUUGGUAGUGUGUGCGUAUGUGUGUGUGCGUGUAUUUGUGUUACUACCGUGAACUAUCAAAAUUUUUGUUUUUCAAACCGUGGGUGUGACAGUCGACUGUACUGGAGUGCAGCGCUUUGUGCGCGGGACGUUGUCCCACGUCUGGGCGCCGGCGCUACGUUCGUCCAAAGUUAGAGAGAAAACGCGUUUUGGGGUGGAUUUUCUAACCCGGAGAAGAUUGCCCUACGAUCCGUCAAGAUUCCGCGAUGCAGGGUAGGUGAAACUUAUCAACUAGAAACGUGUUAAGACGAAAAAUGGGUUCGGUCGUUGCAACAAGACCUAUGCCACAUCGCCAGCGCGGGCCUUUCAGAAAAACAGGAAUUUGGCUUCGUAAAGACAUGGCGUUAUUUCGUGGAACCGCGAUGUCAUUCACAAAAAUUGCUCUCGUACAAGUAUUGGUCAUUUGUCUCUGCACCGGACACGUUUCCGCGGCCGAACAGAAAACUGCUACUUCACCAGCAGCGACAAGAAAAGACGUAAAAUCGAACGUUUCACGUACUCAAUCGAACCCUAUUUUGUUGGUAUCAAUGCUUAAUGGCGAGCUAGCGGCUGUCGAUAAGAACACAGGUGUUAUACAGUGGUCCAUCAGAGAGAAUCCUGUGCUCAAGGUUCCAUUCAGUAGCUCAACUUCGCCUGGGGGAGCCGGCUUCCUCCCGGAUCCGAAGGAUGGUUCUCUGUAUAUACUUUUAUCACAGGAUGAAGCUGAUCAUGGUGCUGGCAGUAGCACGAGCGGUCGCUCUCGUACGCCGUUCAUAAAAAAGCUUCCCUUCACCAUACCUGAACUUGUUACAGCAUCUCCUUGUCGGUCGUCCGAUGGAAUGCUCUAUACGGGGCAAAAGCGUGACGUAUGGUUUGCUAUUGAUCUAGCGUCAGGCCAAAAGAAAGAGACAAUUUCGUUUCACGGCUCAGACUCGGUUUGUCCUCAAGGUAGAGCUGGUCUUGCGUAUAUCGGUCGCAGUGAGUACCAUAUCGCGAUGUUCGACGCAGCCACAGGCGAGCGACGAUGGAAUGCCACAUAUUAUGACUACGCUGCAACGGCAGCCAAUAUUCUAGAGGUCGCUCACGCAGAAUAUGAUCUGGCACACUUUGCAUCGUCCGAGCGCGGUCGAGUGAUGACAUUCGCUAAAAAGACGGGUGAUUUUCUUUGGGAAAUGGAUUUCGACUCACCUAUCGUUGCGCUCUAUUUAAUUGAUGACCCGCGAGAUACACAUUCAAACCUUCGAAGGCUGCCCUUCAUGUCACUAGCACAAAGGACUAUGGACGAUAUUGGCACUAGGAUUCUGCGCAAUACAUGGAGAAGGUAUUUGAUGUCAGAGUGGGAUGAAAGCCUGCUAUUUCCUGCCUUGUAUGUCGGGAAUGUAGCAUCAUCAUCUCAAUCAGAUAUGACACAGCCCGACGCAGCAGAAAUUUAUGCUCUACCAGCCAUGGUCGACAAAAGCGUGCCACUCAUACCUUGCGAUGGCAGUGAACGGAACGUACCUCUUCUCGAGGGACCUUAUAACGAAGACGGCUCAAAGGGGCAUCGUCAGGGUGAACUUUUUAAGGGUUAUUAUGAAAUGCCAGACAGCGUUGUAAGCCAACUUGUGCCGCGCCGCCAAAUUUCGCAAGGUCCGACAACUGGGCUUCUUCAGCCUUCCUCGCCUUUCAACCAAAAUCAAGAAGGAAGUAUUAUUGAAGUUCCACCUCGACGUACACGUGACUCAAGUGCGCAGACGUACUCGACUGCUGGAAGCCAACCGUUAGAGCAUCACGACCAGGCCGUGCAAAAUAUCUCCGAUGAACUCUACUGGAUCAAGGUUGUAUUGAAGGUGGCUUUGGCUGCUGUUGUUAUUUUCCUGAUAGCAGCAUGCUUCCACCUAUACCCACAGGCUCGUGCACUUCAUCAGUCUUCUCGUAGUCUCAAUGGCUUUAACCUGCGGAUCUCUGGCGAAACUGGCCAGCCUAUCCGAGAAUUGGAGAUGAAUGAGAAUGGAGAAUAUACCGUGGGCAAAAUUAACUACACCGUCCAAGAACAACUUGGUUCAGGUGGCAACGGUACUGUUGUAUUUAAGGGUUGCUUCGAGGGCCGACCCGUUGCUGUUAAACGAAUACUACCGAUCUGUUACUCCUUGGCACAUCGCGAGGUUAAGCUACUUCGGGAGACCGACGAGCAUCCAAACGUUGUCAGGUAUUUUUGUAUGGAAGAAGACGCGAAUUUUUACUACAUCGCGUUAGAGCUCUGUGCAGCAACCUUAGCAGAGUACGUUGAAAAUCGGUCGUUCGAUCGAGGUAAUCCGCCUCUGCAGCCACUUCAAGCUAUUCAUCAAGCGGCGUCCGGGUUAGAACAUUUACAUAAUCUAAAUAUCGCUCACCGGGAUGUCAAACCGCAGAAUUUACUUAUCUCAACGGCUACGCGGACCGGUCAGUUAAAGGUUAUGAUCUCAGACUUCGGAUUGUGCAAAAAGUUAUCACACGAUGCUCGAAGUUUCAGUCAGAGGAGCGGUGUCCUUGGAACCGCGGGAUGGAUUGCUCCUGAGGUUUUAGAAGACGAUACCGGGUCUAGGGUGACAAAAGCAAUCGAUGUUUUUUCUCUUGGCUGUGUCAUGUACUACGUGAUAAGCGGUGGACAACACCCGUUCGGAGACACCCUCGAACGACAGGCCAAUAUUCGCAGCGGGAAGGUCUCACUUGCCGCGUUAGGCGACAGUAACGAAGAUUUGACCGCAAAGGGCCUAAUUCAUCAGAUGCUUUCAAUGGAUGCAUCGGCGAGGCCAACCAUUGCCCAGGUAACGCGGCAUCCUGCCUUUUGGGAUGCAAACCGGACACUCAACUUUUUCCAGGAGGUGUCGGAUCGAGUCGAAAAGGAACCCCAUACUAGCCCGGUAGUACGAGCUCUUGAGAAAGCGGGAAUAAAAAUUCUUAAUAGCUCUAACUGGAUUGACCAAAUCACCACAGAAUUGCAAAAAGAUCUGCGACGUUUUCGCAGCUACAAGGGAAAUUCCAUUAGAGAUCUUCUUAGAGCGCUGCGGAACAAGAAACAUCAUUAUCGAGAACUGCCUGAAGAGCUGCGCGCCGAGCUGGGUUCGAUUCCUAAUGAAUACAUGGAGUACUUUACACUGCGGUUUCCACGUCUUUUGCUACACACGUAUGCCGCUAUCCAACACUUCAGACAUGACGUGCCCUUGCUAGCCGAAUACUACGCGCCAGACCCAGUUCAAAACCCUAAUCAAACAAAAGCGCCAGCCGAACCUGUCGAAAUUGCCACCCACCCUGACCUUGACUCGAUACCAUGGCCAAACAGCAGAGGACCAUGGGCCGCUAGUCGAGUGAAAAAUCACAGUCCUACAACAGAAAGAACUGCCAGAACACAGGAGCAAGGAGAAAACCAGCCUCAAGUUACUACACCAAACCCCAAUAGUACGAUAGACAAAAUAGACACAGCUGGCAGUGGCAGCCCUAGCGAUGAAAAACGUGUCAAAAAUCCACAAAACGAAGUAACGACGGGAGAAGUUGAUCGAAAUUUUAACGAUCAUGACAGAUCCAUCAUCCUGACGCAAGCUGGGCCCAUUCUACGUGACAACAAUUCGCAGGCAGUUACGCAGUAUGGCGCGGACGAAGAAGAACGUCAUAAAAACGGGGUUGAAUUUUCAGAAAAAAAUUUAAGAGAAGCACUUGCAGCAUCUCUUGCAAAGGAAAGUUCUCCUGACGAGAGCGUUUCACCUGUUCUUGAAGUGCAGGUUGCGCAGGAUGAGGCGUCAGAGGCACAACCGCCCAGGAAAAACAAAAAAAAAAAGAAAAAAUGAAUUCAUACGCGUAUUUCGGAUGCGGAAACAUCUGAUAUGGCCAGUUAUCACGAGAGAAGAUCAUAAGGACGCUCGCGAACGUGCAAUCUGCAUUAUCAUGAAGGUCAGUUAAGGAAAUCCUAUAAGCCUGCAUCUUCAAACUUGGGAUUAGCACCCAACGAAGUGUACCUUGACUGGGAGAGACAGCUUUAGAAAAAAGUGGCACCAGGAUGAGAUUGGGCGUGAUGCAUUGAUGCUUCCUCUUGCGGCUAUCGGUCUGCCACGCUUCUUAAAUCCAGUCCUACAAGAAGGGAUCGGUUGGCUAAGCGAUUGGUUAGUCGGGUCAUCAUCCUGCCACUAACACGUGCUAACCAAAAGGUAUGUUACGUUAGGCUAAGAGCGGGUCGAGUCGAGGCACUGUGUACAUUAUCUCAUUCCAUGUUAUGUCCAGGUCAGUGUUUCAUUGCCUUGAUUGGUUCAUCUGUUACUGAUAAUAUCAAUCAGUCAGUCUUUUGCUAUGAUUUUUAUUACCACUGUCCCUUUUACGAGUAGAGUUGUCUUCCCUUACAAUGGUUAGCUAUGAACAGUUUCGUUACCAUCGCGAUCCCCACGGAACUAAUGCGAUGCCCUUCAUCUUUGUCGAAACACUAUCAUUCACUCGCGAUCUUCACAAACAUCGAGAAAGUUAGUGCAUGCUUAUUGUGUUGGAGGUCUAUUACUCCCAGAACGUGUUCUUUGUUUUUGUUUGUUGCUGCUCCGUCUUUGUGCACUUAUUUUUGUUCUAUCGUGAUUUGGUUCUACUUCAGCUGAAGCUAGCCAGCGUCCAUUCCAUACGCGUUAUAAUAGAUGUUUAACAAAUUCCGCAUUGAUGAGGGCACUUUAAUUGUUUCGUUUCCCCGCAUGACAAUGUAUUUAGGUGCUAGUUAUGCUGAAAUGCGAAAGUGAGGUAAAAUAAUAUUACAAAGCAUCACAGUGCAAAGGCUUCGGACGUUUCUUUUCGUAAACAGAAUGGUCACCGUGAACGUUUUCUUUCGACCUUCUCGGAUCGGUAGAUGGAGCUGCUCGUCGUGAACGAAAUGAAAUAGUGGUCACAUUACUAUAGCGAUACAUGCUUGCGUGUGAAUGUUAUCGUGCUAAAGUGAUAGACAGGAACCUUCUCUCUACGGUGACAAGUGAAACGGUGUGCCUGUAUAGGAGUAUAUGACAAUUAUACAGUGAUUCGUAAUAUUAUUCAAACAAAUCCUUAACCUAAUUGAUGAAUCCUGCAUGUAUUCCUCUAAUAUGUACUCCACAGGAAAGAAACCUAUUUCUAUAAAAUGGAACUUGUUGCUUACAAAACAGCUGAACAACAAAGGCACCCUCUGGCACGUUUUGAGGUGAACAAAUUACAGGAUAAAAUCGCGAGGUCUAGUAAAUGAUACAACUGCUUAAGCAUACAUAGCAGCAUUGGCGAUAGUUUUCUUCAGGCUAAAAACAUCGUGGAUAUCUUAUGUCUAAAUCUAUCUUGCAGUCAAAUCAACACAGUAAUUGCAAUCGCAGUAAUCAAAUGUUGCCCUUCACAAAUCCUUCACAGGGGGCAUUUAUUUUACUUCAAUUGUAACAUUUUCAGGUUAUGGGCCUAGUUCUGUACUGCGCUUAAUUUCUAUUACGUUAGAACCUUUGAAAUAUCGAUGUACCCUAGCCUUCAAUAAAACACUUCGAUUCAGCGUAGACUUAUGUGCAGGUAAACUCUCCAGCGACAUUCAGUCACUACUACUAAAAACGCACGAUCACUCAAUUCGGAAAUUCUUUGCCUCGCAAAAUUCGUGAUUGGUUAGGAGAAUGGCUAUAGCCCCAGAACUGGCAUACGUAGCGAAAGCCUAGGAACACACCCACUGCAGAUGGUGCGCACAAAUUAAAAUUAUUGUUAAUAACAAACUAUCAAUUCAUAUAUCUUUACCUAGAGCUAUUAUACAGCGCGUAUUUUUCAUAGAAAGUGAGUGCUUUAAUAGGACGCAAAGGUCAGACUGUGUAACCCCCGGUCCUGGGGGUUUUGAAGUUCCGUGCACGUCGCAAAGCUAACUAAAGUAAAACUGAUGACUGUCUGAGGAUAAUGUUAACUAGACGUGUUGUUGUGAUCGAGAAGUGCCAAAAAUGCCGACCUCCAGGAUGCUUGAGCGUUAUCUUCAGUUUGUUACUUCAACAUAAUCGUACCGUUAAAAAAGAACGUUCCACCUAAUAAGUAUGUGGUCGUUAAGCUACAUAUCAUGUAUUAUUACUGCUGCUUCGCAAAUAUAUAGAGUGUAGAGAAACAGUCUCCGGCAUUUGGUAUUUCCUAGCAUUACUUUAUCUUUACGUCAUGGUAAAUAAAUGUGAUAAUAAUAGUUAGUGUAUGAUGUUUUCAACAAAUAGCAAUGAGAAUAUGGUAAUGUUAACAAUAGGCAAAUAUAUUGAAUGUAAGGGUCACGAAUACAUUACUAUUGAUCACACAACAACGAGAAUGCCCCAUUUCCUGUGUCUAAAUUAUUCAUGAUUAAAGUAUACCGAACACUUCUGCUUGUCGUCGAACACAGCGCGUAUGCAUCUGGACAUUCAGAUUGUUCAAAAAUUUGUGGCGGGGUUAAAAAAUAGAAGCUUUACGGUUGCUAUUUGGUAUUCGUAUUUACAACGAGCGUAGCCAUAAGCCUGCUCUAUUCUCAAGCCAUGAGCAACUUUCUAUAAAUCUUCUAUAAUAUCUUUUUAUGGCUCUACAGUGUCAAUAAGUAAGCUGGCUUUCCGCAAACUUUCAGCUGGACUCCUAAAUAUAGGACCAGUAUAUAUAUAUAUAUAUAUAUAUAGCAAUUUACGUAUGUACUCGGUGUCUACCUCAUAUUGCAGGUAACAAAAACUGAAGACGUGAGGUGUCUAUGGAUUUUAAUAAGACAGGUAACUUGCUCGAAGAUUAAAGGCAAAGUGUUUAUCGUUUAAUGUUAUCAUAAAUGUUUAAAUGAGGUAUCGAAUACAACCCAGCUCAGCAUCUAUUAUUGUUUUCGCCAGAUAGCCCCAUACCUCAUCAUUAUAUGUGUAACACUGGUAUAUUUUUCGAUUACGGUCUCUAACAUUUGCUUGUUAGAGGUAAAAGAUAUCGUGGCUGAGAUUACGAAAUCGCAGGCGACGCUUCUUUGACAGGUUUGUGCUUGGUACUUGAAGAUUGUUUGGACAGUGGACUUGUCACCCUAUUAGGGGGCAACAGGGCAUCUUUCAAACAAAUCAAGAGUUUGCAAAUAUGUCUCUGCAGCUGUCUGUUAUGAGCUUUAUGAUUCUGAACACCUUUCUUUUUGAUUCUACUAUUAAUGAGCUUAAUUCGUAGCUGAUAGUUGUUUAGCAGCAUGAUUCAAAAGCAUUUAUUGACUAUUGAAAACGACCGGUACAAGCUUUCGUCGUUAAACCCAAAAACUAUUAUGUGAACCACAGCUCAAUCCACUGUUACAGAGGAAUCAUUUCUAAAGAAGAUGAAGCUAUCUGUUUACGUUGGAUCUACUUGUGCUUGUUUCGUAUAUAUAGAUGGCGCUCGUCUGCGGUGUACACAUAAAAAAAACUGCCAGCAUCCUGCAUAAUGGACGUAUGCGCUCAAGUAAAAUGUCAGCAUGUGUGUAUAUAUACUGUAAUAACAGUUAGCGUAUACGUGUAAUGAUUGUGUUUAAUGUUAUUAUAGUAAUAUUAAUCAUCGACGUCAAACCACUGUCACUAUCAAUUGUAUUUCAAUAAUAUCAUAUAGGUAUAGUUGCGAUUAGCAACGGGUCUCCUGGCUGGUCACUGAAGACGAAAAGUGAGGCCCCACGCCACACUAUGAAAGCUACACGACGUGCACUGCCAAAGUGAAUCAUCGCGCGAUGAGCCUGCUGUUAACUUAAAUGAAUCAACGACAACGUUAUUGCCGGCUUCAUUGAAAACGUAUGUAACUCAAGGAGGAGAAAAGCACGCCAUAAUGUCUGCGUAACAGCAGCAGCAGCAGCAGCAAUACACGACAAAAAAGUCACAUGGUCGUCAGCUACUACGGACGUCGCCAUCUAGAUAUCACAUGCAUGUAAAAAAACACAUGUAAACGGUAAAACAUAGAGACGAAAAUCAAACGACACUUCAGAGUAGCAACCAUAUGGUAUAAAAGUCGAUAUCAAAACAAUCGUCUAUAGAAGAAAAGUAGCUCUGCAAUACUCUACUAUAAGCUUUUUCGACACAUCAAUGCAUACUGGGUCUGAGUAGGCUGCCGAAUUGAGACUUCCGAUUGCGUUUCAAGGAAUUAAGAUUAGCAAAUAGCAGAUUAACGAUAAAACGUCUUCGAGAUAGCUCGGAUAUAUAUAUAAGGGGUGUCUAUUUUUCGAUAAUAGGAAUCUGAUAUGUUUCGGACCGUUUUCACUUUUACAAGGGACUGAAAGCAACUUCUAGUCAUUAAAUGUCGAUUUGCUUAUUUUUGAUCUGUCAUUAGAUUUCUUCAGCAGCCGAGGCCGAGAAUCUACUCCCAAGCAGCGCUAACGUUAAAGCAAAUGGUUUGAAUAUGAACUGCUCUCAUGUUUGGUUAGGAAAAAUGUCGACCUUAUCCAAAAUAUUGCUGACAUCUGAGCUGUACAAUACGACUGAGGAAAAUCACCAAAGAGUUCAUUAUUGAAGACUGAAAUUGAUUAGAAAUGGUUAAUUCUUGUCAAUUCCUAGCUUGACCACGAAUAUAAACUAGGCUACUCGCAAUGGCGUAUCCCUCACUUAACACAUCCUAGAAAAGAUGCCGCUUAAACUGCAUAAAAUGCACGUAGGCUUUGGAGCAUGUAGCGCAUUGAGGAGAAACCGACAACAAAAUAGAUUCCAGUUGCUUAAUUUACUUCUAAUGAAAGAGCUUUGCGAUAAAAUUAUUGCGACGAGAAGUAUGUGAUAAAAAAUAGUCUGCUAUUUACUUAGCUUAAGCCAGCCGAUAAAAACAGAAAACCAUGUCGAAGACUCCAUGUAAGACUGUACAUAAGAUCUGCACAUACAACAAUGUUUAGAUAGAUUCAUAGAGAGGCAGUGCGUGAUAUAGUGUGACGCAGGUUUGUACACUUUCAAGUGCUUUCCGGCAAAUACCAAUAAUAAAUAGAUACAUAUGCGAUAUCAUAACA